CAUCCCGUGAACGGAGACGAAAGACGCAUCUGUGUCGGCUUAAUCGUCGUGCGGCUUUCCACUUCAGCCUCCGAAACCACGAGGGAAAAAAAAGAAACCACGUCAACCUAAGCCUCUCUCGUUUACCUUUCCUGGACACUCUGCGCUCGAGCCGAGCUCUGCGCAUCCCUAUUUCAGAGGGGCACUCCGCACGGGACGCCGCGACCACGUUACGGGAAAAAGCCGGCGCCUUCUCUUUCCCCAACUUGAACGCCGAGACUCCCCCCAUUCCCUUCUAGGCGGGAGCCGACAGAAGGGAGCCUCUCCUGACGUAGCAACUGCACACCUCAGGGAUCCGGUACGAGGAGACGGGGAGUCAUUUCUGCCGCGUCGCUCCGACUGGCGCGCGUUUCAACAGGUGGCUGUGAAUUGCCCGGCUACAAUUUGAGGCUUAGCGCUCAGUCUCGUAGGGAAAAGUCUUCUUUCCUGUUCGCGGGAAACGUUUAGAAAGGUGGAAGAGGCGGCUGGUGUGUGUGGUUUAAACAUCGUCAUCGGAAGAGACGGCACCUGUUGUACUUUGGGAGGGAAGUGAACCUACCCACCUGUGGGCCUGCUGCGGCGCAAAAGAAGGACGUCGCUUCAAAUCGGCAUCUUGGAAGAGACUUUCCUGUCUUGGGUAUCUUCGUGUUGCUUCUGAAGAUCAACUAAAGUUCACUUGGGGACCCGACCCUUGGCUAGCUCGUGCACUCAUCACCAUUCGUGGACAACAAACAGAACUCAGCCUAGACUGUGGGAGCAUGAAGAUAGCGCUGCUUCUAUGCAUCGUGGGCUGCUACAGUGGCCCGCUAUUGGUCUGCACCGCUGAAGAUGCCAAGCUCCUGUCCCAGCCGGAGCAGAGUACACCACCUCCAACGCAGCUAGGAGAUUUGCACCGUGUCGCCGAAGGUGCUAGUCACGCAAGCGAUGGUGUGUCACCAGAAAGACCGGGAGCCUUGAACCGGGUGUCGAGAGCGGCACGCGCCUUCGACGAUGCAAGCGGUUCCGUCGACGAGUACGGCGUGCUCAGAGCGGCUUUGAAUCCACCUCGGCGACACCGGUUCCUACAUUUCGGACGCAAAAGGGCGCUGUCGGCGCCAUACUACGGGUCUCCGGUACUCAACUCCGAUGCUACAGCCUCGGGCGAAGAAGAGGCAGAGUGGAGUGGGGGAGAAGACGAAGACGACGACGAGGUGACCGCGUCCCAGGAGGGCCCGGAGGCGGCCGCUCUGCGAUGGGCCAAGAGGACACUUCGGGAUGGCCCCAACAGCUUCCUGCACUUUGGCAAGAGGGAACCGGAGGAAGAAGGAAGCGGCGGAGAACAACUUAGGUUCAAGCGAAAUGUGCAAGAGGUCCAAUCUCUCGGAUCUUCUCAGAUGCCGAAAACAGAAGGCUUCGAGCAGUUGAACCAACAGGCCGAGUCACUCGACUCGGACAACCUUGUCCUAGCAUCGAAGACGAAGCGCUCUCCGAACCACAUCAUGCACUUUGGCAAGCGUCUCCAAACUGCUUCAACAGUUGGCGAAAACGACGGUGUCAAGAGAGCAUCCCACAACAGCAUUAUGCAUUUCGGAAAACGCACUAGCGAGCAAGACGUAGCCGCCGCCUUGGAGAACGUCUACUCCACCAUGGAUGGUGAAUCAGUAAAGCGUGGUGCAAACCGCAUGAUGCACUUUGGGAAGAGGGAUCCCGAAUACGGUGUUUCAACCGGACUUGAAGGCGAACCGGAGUUUGACUUUGUAUCGGCCGACAAAAAGGCUCCUAACAGGAUUCUCCAUUUUGGCAAGAGGCCCAGCGCUGGGCAAAGCAGCAGUAGCGGGGAAGUUGACAAUGAGCUUGAGGAAGCGGAAAAGGAGAAACGAGGCAACCGUAUCAUGCACUUUGGAAAGCGGGAGGACGAAGACUCUUCCGGAAUGACGCUGUCCUCAACGGACGACGCAUCAUCCACCGCAGUGAAGAGGUCUGCUUCCGCCCGCAGCAAGUACUCCGGAAGGCCCGAUCAGCUGCAGCCAUUCAACGGGAUCGGGAGACAACUUCAGAGGCAGUUUCAAGAAUGGAAGAAGCGAAACCGCAUCCUGCACUUCGGCAAGAGGGAACCGCAGGAGAGGUCCGGCAGUUACUACGAACAGAAACGUCUGGGAAACCGAAUCAUGCAUUUUGGCAAGCGAGCCGGAUACCCGUUCUACGCCGAAGGCGCCGGAUCUGCCGCCGCAGCCAUGAAGGACAAGAAGCUGAAACACUCCAUUCUGCACUUCGGCAAGCGUGAGGACGGGCUCGUAUCUGUAAUGGGAGGCGACAAGCGCAACCGAAUAAUGCAUUUUGGCAAACGAAUCGGAAACGAUGACCAAGAAUAUAAGUAUGGGCAACAACUUCCCAUGGACAAGCGCGCGGGGAACAGGAUUCUCCACUUUGGAAAAAGGCUGCAAGCGCCGAACUUCUCGUCAUUGCCCAACGCCUGGCAAUACGGGAUUGAAGCAGCUGCAGGGUCGUCUCGCACUGCAGCCAACAAGAGGGCUCAUCGAAUCCUCCAUUUCGGCAAACGGGACGGCGGUGCCAGCUACGACGACACCGCUGUCGGCUCCGAUCAUCUCGUCUUGGCACAAGACCUGGACGAGACCGACACGUCUAAGGUCUCUGGCGGUCAUGGUCAGCCCGAGACCCAGAAGGUCAUCAGGAAGAAGAGGUCCACCCCGCCUACAGAGAGUAGCGACUACAUCGACGACACCCUCGCCCAGAUGAUGGGCGAGCUGAUGGGUGAAGACGGCUAUGCAGACCGAAUCACCAUGGGUCACUCGGGCUUGUCAGGGCCGUUGCACCUACCUCAUGCGUACGUGGCCGCCCAGGUUUACGGGAACGCAUUUCCGCGCAUGCUCAGUCGACCCAGCCGGAGCGACAGGUUAUUCCGUGCACUGUACAGCGGAGAACAUGGCGCCGAGAUGAUGCCGAAAGGCCAAUCUCGCAACGUGUUCCUGCACUUUGGCUGAGUUUGUUCCACACUUUACGAUGCUGAGCCGUGGCAAAAGAAACUACUUUCUCCUCUUAACAUUCUCUUUCCCUUCGUGCUUUGCUCCGAACACCAGUCUUGUUUUGACACCUGUCUUCGUUUCGUUUCUCUUCCACUUGCGUCACGAAUGGAGAAGAUCUGGGUGGAGACGAACCUGAGCGCUGUCCUUGGUGUUUUAAGUGAUUAGCUCGCCACUGAAUGGUUGUCUGCGGUCAUUUGCGAUCUCCAUCGAUGUCGUUUUGUCGGUCUACAAGCAAUGUCCGUGUUAUUAUUCACUUGUAUUUAUUUAGUGGUUACUUGAUCGAAGGGAGAUUAACAGGGUGAAAGCUACUCUUUCUAGAAGAAGCGUUUCCCAAUCCUAUUCAAGGACAAUACAGAAUAAGUCGAGGAUGAAGCUGCUCCAUUCAUAUCUCCUUCGACUUCGUGGUCCUUGCAGCACUCUUUGCUCUGUUUACGUAGUGUGCACUGCACUUCAGCUCAUAUUCACUGGCCAAACUGUCAGUUUUGCCUGGCGAGAAUUGGUGACAAAUUUCGGCACUCUUGUAUCGGUAUCCUUCACCCCCUCUGAAACGCCUUUUAGUGAGCACGAAAACAGAGCCCUUUUACCACUCCCUUAUGUCGAAGCAAACUGUGAUACCCCUCUCGGUGACAGGAAUGAUGACCUCUACACAUUCCUUGCAGACUUAUGAAUUUCGUUGAUUCCCAAUUUUUAUUUCCAUGUCUAGUCCUGCAGAAGCCAAUGCGGUAAUUUCAACGCAUGCUUUGGAUAGGUCGUUCUCAUUCCUUCUGUCACUGUUAACCGUUGAGACAGAUUUAUAACAGAUCUUUCGAGGUCUCAGUGAUUUCUGUGUGUGCCAGACGAGUGCACGAUUAUUCAUUGUCGAUAUUACAAUGUACUGAAGCCUAUGUUAGGCCUGUGAGAGUUUGUGGGAAUGUGACAUAUAUGCACGAAGCUGUUACGUCUUUGUUCGAUCUUUCCACCUUGUUUUUCUUCCGUUUGAUAUAUUAUUUCUAAAGGAAGGAAAACGGGAGAGAGGAAAGAAAGGGAUGUUAACCAGUUUGGCAUAACCGGUAUGCUACCCUGUACAGGGGGAAGGGAUGGGCGAAGAAUUAAGUGCUCUCAAUGCUUCGCGUUGAGUAAUUCAUUACUGUGUAGAUUUUUACGCAAAGGAAUGACUAAUCUACCUCUCCCGAGCACAGAACGGCUUGACGCGUCUGGCUUAAGGCACAGGCGAUGCUGUCAUCAGUUCCCCAAAAAAUUGUGUCAUGUAACUUCUAUCUGCCAACAGGAAUCGAGAUGCACAUUUAGACGUAUCCUUCCAGCAUGAAGUUUUUUUUCGAAUGCAACUGACAGGUCUGAAAGCUAUAUACAUAUUUCUCAGUUAAGCUGGUUCAGCGCUAGGGCAUAGUUUUAUUAUUUUCAUAAGGUUGUCUUGCUGCGGCUGCAAAAGCUACGCAGGAUACUUUUCAGAAAUUACUUCACCUUGGUUCACUUGGAAAUCGUUUCAUCCUUGCUCCUUCGCUUUCGAACCGGUGCGUUGACGUAUUUUUGGAAAACAGGAAACAAACCUUAGUCGAAAACUUGCUCCUGAGGCAUGAAAAGGACAUCCUUUUAUGUCUUCUAAAAUUGUAGUUUCGCUCGUAAUUGAUUUCCAGUGCCCACUUUAAAUAGGAACUGCACACGUUCAUGCAAAGCAAAUUACUUCAGCCUCGUCGCAGAUAUUGGACGAUGAUAACGUAAAAAUUAAAACUCACUACCCGAGAACUCCAAUUAAUAAAUCCGCAUGUGGAUGCAAAGCAUGUAGAAGAAGCCUUAGCCGCCACAAAAUGUGCUUUAAAGAAAAUAUUUAUAUGCCCUUUUUUUCGCAGCAGGUCGUUUUAAAGUGUUUUUUAUUUGAUUUCUGCGGUAAUAUUAGAAGACAAACUAUGUUCUGUUGUAUCCUGCACAGCUUGUUCUGUUAACCCAAACUGAGAUGCGUCAGCUUCUGCAGGGACUUGUUAUGUAUGGGCCUAGAAAUCGUAUUCGUAGCGAGUCCUUUUCCAAGGACUAUAGCCUGUAUAUCUGUAUGCUCUCUUUACAAUUGCUAGGACAACUCCGGUAUCCCUAUAUUGUUUGAUUAAAUAUACAACGGAUUAAACCAAACCACCUUCAAUGAAGCAACAGCCAAGCUGUAGUGAAUGGUGGUCGCGGCUAUUUCAGUUAGGCGCUCAAGGAAUUUAAGCAGAUAUUUUGAAUAAAAGAUCUCAAAAAUGUAACAUUAGAGGUAUCUAACAUCUAAAUAAAAAUAAAAGUAACAAUUUCCCGAACGCAACUAGGAGCCUGUUUACAGCCCAUAUUUUGGUUAUGCGCUAAGUAGUGUUUCCAGACUUGCGUAAACGAGGUAACAUGCAUAGCGAAAUCGUAAUGCAGUGUCUGUAGCUUCAACUGUACUGAAUGAGUUUAGGUUUUCAAUAUGCGCAGCUUGGAAAAGCAUACUACAGGCGGAAGCUGAUGCGACACGCAACUUUGUGCGACUAAAGAAUAUCAUGUGACUUGAAGGCAUGUGAACAACCAAGUAGCAAUGACUUGCACAAUAGGGAAUUAUAUCGACAUCAUAAAAACAAGCCACCGGAUAUAGCAUAUAAUGUUCUCCAUGGCACCGCCUUAGGGCAUAGGAAAAACAAGCUGUCUUCAGAUCGUCGACUACGAGUUCGGCUUGCUUUUGAACAUUAGAAACUCUCUUGAAUUGAAUCUGUGGUCAUAUUGUGAGAGCAGUCCUGCGCAUUACAUUGUUGACAGCCGGAGCUGGAGCUCACUUGUUGUCUUAGGUUCAUCUGAACCUAUGUAGUAUUUGAUUAUUAUACAAGCUAAUGAAUGUGCUACUCAUGUUUUGACCUUACGAGAGGAACUCGACUAGGAGGAAUUGUUUCCCGCAUGUCAUCUUCCCAGAACUCAUUGUAUAAGUUUAUGGUUGUAUGCAUCUCUGAGAAAUGAAUGUUAUUUUGGUUGAUACUAACAUGCAUUUUUUUAUCCAUCCGCUAAGGAUGAACUCUGAGAGUGAUAACCCGUUUUAGUGCGCCAUAUGUUUAAAGAUUGCGCUUCACUUUGUUCAUCAUGUGCUAUUUAUUUCAUUCUCGCGCUCAGGUUCAUCUCGCAAAUAUUGUGGAGUCGCGCCUAUUUAUUUAAUUUAUUUCGCUAUUUAUUUACGAGAGGCCGCAUUUACAGCCUCACUCAACCGUCUUCAGGCUGAGAAGUGGCCGAACGGAUGGCUCCUUACAAGAGAAAUACCGAAGGAGAGUGAACGACCGUGCGAAUAAAAAAAGGACGUUGACAAUCUCAACUGGACGACCAAGAAAAACGCACGAGAAUAAAAA